AUGUGCACUCGCCAAGAAAUUGUCUAUUAUUGCUCGAAGGGCACGGAGUGCCUGGAGUCAAAGGGCGAGCGGCUGUAUAUGGAGGUUAUUGUGGUUCCGUGCGAGAAGGCCGAGCGUAACAGGAAGCCGUGCUUGCUUCCCACUUACCUGCCGCAGCUCGCUAACCGGAAGAAGGCUUGCUGCGAGACCGAGACCACCAAGGUCACCAAGGUCGCCAAGGUCGCCAAGUAG